AUGGCGAAGGAAAAGGUGGAUUCACCUGUUACAGUUCUUGAGGACUAUUUCAAAAGUUCAGAUUCAGAAACAAGUUCUUCCAAAGAACCUACUUUCGAUUCUGAUGAAAUUUCAAAACCUCUUUCAAGGUGGCAUUCGUUUCGUCAAUUGCUCAAAACAGGAGCAAAGAAACAGUUACCAACAUUGCAGCCACCUCUUCACGGACAACUCUCAAGAAGACUUAGCAGAAGCAUGAGGGAUACUAUUCUUCCAAGUUGUCUCACUCUCUCCAAUGCAACUUCAACCCCUUGUAGAUCACCAUGGAAGAUAUUUUCUCAUCAUGAUAUACAACUUGCAACCAACUAUUUUAGCCAAGAAAAUUUGAUUGGAAAAGGUGGAUAUGCUGAGGUUUACAAAGGGUGUUUACCAAAUCAUCGGUUAGUAGCAAUCAAAAGGUUAACAAGAGGAACUGCGGAUGAAAUUAUAGGAGAUUUUUUAUCAGAACUUGGUGUAAUGGCGCAUGUUAACCAUCCCAAUACUGCUAAGCUUGUUGGCUAUGGAGUGGAUGGAGGAAUGUAUCUAGUUCUUGAAUUGUCUGAAAAAGGAAGUCUAGCUUCAGUGCUAUAUGGUUCCAAGGAGAAAGUACCAUGGUGUAUUAGGCACAAAAUUGCAUUAGGAACAGCCAGUGGUAUAUUAUAUCUUCAUGAGGGUUGUCAAAAAAGAUUCAUCCAUAGAGAUAUAAAAGCUGCCAAUAUCUUGCUCACAGAAGAUUUUGAGCCUCAGAUUUGUGAUUUCGGGCUAGCAAAAUGGCUGCCAGAGAAUUGGACUCACCAUAACGUUUCAAAAUUUGAAGGAACUUUUGGUUACCUUGCUCCUGAGUACUUGCUUCAUGGCAUAGUAGAUGAGAAAACAGAUGUAUUUGCCUUUGGUGUAUUGCUCUUAGAAUUGGUCAGUGGGAGAAGAGCCCUUGAUUAUUCACAACAAAGCCUUGUUUUGUGGGCAAAACCUUUGUUGAAAAAGAAUGAUAUUAUGGAGCUGAUAGAUCCUUCACUAGCAGGUGAAUUCGAUUAUAGGCAGAUGAAUCUUAUGCUCUUGACAGCUUCUUUAUGCAUACAACAGUCCUCCAUUCGUCGUCCCUCUAUGAGACAGGUUGUGCAACUUCUGAAUGGAAACCUUAGUUGCUUCAAGACCAUGAAGAAAACUCGAUUGCCAUUCUUUCGAAGAGUCUUUCGGGAAGAGCUUCUUGAUUCUGAUUAG